AUGGGGGUCGGAAAAAAACCGCCGCAAAUUAUUUGGCAAGGGGGACUAAGGGGUACCAUCAGAGACCAUAAUGGGGACUGGAUUGUGGGUUUCAUGGAACACAAAUCCAACACCACCACCCUAGCUGCAGAGCUACCCGCUCUCAAAAGGGGCCUCAACAUAGCAAUCAACCAUAAUGUAACCCCUCUUCAAGUAGAAUUAAAUUCUUUGGAGGCUAUUCGGGUUUUAACUGAAGAGAACUUGCUACUUGAUAAUCUUACUACUGAUUGCAGGUCAAUGCUAGAGAGGGUCCUAGCAACCCAUCCGGAGCAUAUCUUCAGGGAAGGGAACAAAGCGGCUGACCUAUUAGCCAAAGCAGCUAGGAAUGAAGCAGUGCAAGAGAGCCUUAAAAUCCUACUAGUUCCUCCUGUGUUUGUAUUAGACACCAUAGAUGUAGACAAAUCAGGAACUAUGUACUCUAGGAAAUUGCGUGUUUGUAAUCUACUUUCUAAUAGCCAAGCCUUGGCUCAACAAUCUUUUGAUGCCCCACCGGGCAGCUUUGUAACUUAA